AUGCUUCCUCAGGAAACCACACAAGCAAAAUUAGGACCUGUUCAAAGUCGCUCAGAAGCCUCCUCACACCAGGUAUCGUUAACACCAUCACCCAAGACCCUUCCCUUCGUCUUCCAGAUCUGCGUGUGUGCUGUCUUCGCCUUCACGGGGGUGGCUGCCUUCCCCUCCUUCCACCCCGCUCCUCCCCUGUACCACCCGCCAGCCCCCUACCACCCGCCAGCCCCCUACCACCCACCUGCCCCGCACUACCCUGAUGUGCCGCCCAAGUACGAGUAUUCCUAUGACGUGAACGACGACUACCAGAAGCUCAAUUUCGAGAAGACCGAGUCGCGUGACGGCUACAAGACGGAGGGGUCCUACUCCGUGCAGCUGCCGGACGGCCGCAAGCAGAUCGUAACCUACAACGACAACGGGGACGGCCUCGAGGCGGAGGUGACUUACGAGGGCGACAUCGUGGCGGAGGUGUAUCCCGCCCACCCCCACCCGGCGCCCAGCUACCCCAGCUUGCCCUACUUCCCCCCUUACCAGCCCCCGGUCUACCACCCCGUCCCCACCUACUCCUCACACCCCGCCCCCGCCGCCGCCGCCGCGCAGGCUGCCCCCGAGGCCGCCGUGUCCCUGGAGGCUUCUUCGGAAGAGAGCAGCGAGGACGCGGCGCCAGCCAAGAUCGUGGAGGAGCCUGCACCCGCACCCGCCGAGGCCGAGGUCGUGGCCGCCCCCGCUGAGGACGCCGAGGAGGCGGCACAGUCGAGCCCCCUAGUGGAGGAGGAGGAUGCGCCUAUCUCCCUGGAGGAGGAGGUGGAGGAUGCGGGAGAGGAGGCAGAGGAUGCUGAGGACACCACUGUGCCGCCCGAGGAAUAGGAUGCCAGGCCAAGGAUACUCUUCAAGGCUUUGUGGGAGUAGCGCCGUGGGAUUCUAGCGUCGUGGAAAUAACCCAUGAUGGCGUUCCCUCCAUCUUUCUUCCCGUGUUCCUUCAGUGUUAUGUUGCUCUGACACACCAUUCUUCCCUUCUUCGCUUCUUCUCCCCUUCUUCUCUUCCUGUUGCUCUGACACACCAUUCUUCCCGUUUUCCUUCUGUGUUAUGGUGCUCCUGGACGCUCGCAAUGACGCCCACACGAAGCAGCGAGACACACAUGACUCCCUACACACAGCGAGACACGAGGUUGUUGUCUCUCCUUCACCAUCUACUUUAAUCAUCCUCCGCGUCCACGCACAAGCCUUGCACCUUACACUUACCGAACCUAGAUUCUCAUAACUGUUUAGUGGGUAUCAAGAAGUUGUCCACUUUUCGCAUUAUAUUUUCCACCCUCUAGCAUGAUAUUCUCCAACUAUAAAUAUCGAUAGUAAAAAAAAAAAUCGAUGUUGGGAGGUGAUGUGACAAUUGGACUCACUAGUAACUCCAGGUAUCUUCAUAUUAAUCUCACUUAUUACCUUCUCUCCCACUUCGCAUUACUUUUUCCACCCUCUUUCAUCAUAUUCUCUAACUAUAAAUAUUGAGUGUAAAAAAAGUGAUGUUGGGAUGUGAUGUGACUCAUGACAUCACUAACUUCAGCUAUCUUCCAUUUUCACAUCACUUUUUUUUAUCUUUUCUUUCUUACUUUCCCAACAUUUCUACCUCCAUUGUAAGUAGUUCCUACAUUGUUUGUAAAAAUUUUUCAAGCAUUGCAUUUUGUAUAAAACGAACCAUAAAAAUGAA